CAAUCUCUCACUCAACACAACCAAACAACCUUCAUCAUGCAGCUGACCAACCUCUUCUGUCUCGCCAGUGUCCUGACCUCCGUGUCAGCAAUCACCGUAUCCUACGACCCAGGCUAUGGCGAAGCUGGCCGCGCCAUGACAGCCGUCUCCUGCUCCGAUGGCACAAACGGCCUCAUCACGCGCUACGGCUGGAAGACUCAAGGCCAGAUCCCCAAGUUUCCCUACAUUGGCGGCGCGCAGGCCAUCGCUGGCUGGAACUCCCCGAGCUGCGGCACGUGCUGGAAGCUUACCUACAAGGGCAAGAGCAUCAACGUCUUGGCCAUCGACCACACUGCUGCGGGCUUCAACAUUUCUCCCGCGGCGAUGAACGCUCUUACCAACAACCAGGCUGUUCAGCUUGGUCGGGUUGAUGCGACUGCUACUCAGGUCGCUGUUAGCAACUGUGGAUUGAAGAAAUAGGUGCGAUGCUUUGGGUGAUGAGAUGGGACGGGAUACGUUUAUGAUCGUAAUGUUUAGUAGUACAUUAAUUGAUAUUACUUUAAUCUCAUA